AUGACAAAUAGCCAGUUUUUACCUGGAAUGCAGUACCCUCAACAAUAUGAGCUAGUGAACAGUUGCAGACCUAAAUGUCAACAGAACUGCCAAACUGCUUGCCAGUUCAGAAACUAUUCGCCAUUCCAGUGCCAAGCAGCUUGUCAGCAGACUUGUGCCCAAACAUGUGGAUUUCAAGACCAACGACAGAUACAGCAACAGCAGGUGCAACAGCAGCAACUAGAGCAGUUCCAAUCAAAGCAGCAAGGCAGAGCUCCUUUUGAAGAAAACCAAGUAAAUGGAAACCUGAGAACAGGUGAACCAAUGAGAUGCAUCCCGGUCUGUAUGCCUCUUUGUUUAAAAGAAUGUACGGAAGAUACUGAAUCAAAGCCGUAUCAGAAUAAUGUGCCACAGCAACCGAAUAAGAUACCAGCUCAACAACAACAGAACACUAUGCUACCAGAUCAACAGCAACCUACAGUUAAAGUUGAACUCUUGCCUUUGACAGGACAGACGACGUCUUGCAUGGAUACUUGUAACGGGAUCUGUAUUGAAGUAUGCGUACAAGCAGGUCAAUCUCUAUCUUCGUGUCAGUCAAGCUGUCAAGCAGAAUGCUUACAAAACUGCGGUGGUGCCCAACAAAAUCUUGUUCAAGAAGGACAGAUUAACAAUCAAGCGCAGCAAGUACAAAUUCCAUCUCAGUCGACCGGUAAGCAGGGUGCCUCGGUUCCAAACAAUCAACAAAGAGGUACCACAGGACAAACGAUGUCACAAGAGUUCCCAUCAACUUCACUUUUAUCCUCAUUAUCAGGAUCACCACUACCAUCUCAAGAAUUGCAUUAUAACAACACUGAGACAGAUCAAAAUUUAAGCGGUAGCUCGCUGUCAGAAGCACAACAACCUCAACCACAAAUUUCUGUUACUGAGACUUCCGAAGAAGGAGUCAAGAUAAAAACAAUCUGCAUCUCAAUUUGCCAACCUGAUUGCCACGAAACUUGCAUUCAGGGGCAACAGGCUGGAGUCGCGCUAACUGGAGAAACAAAUCAAUCUGAAGCGCAACCACCUCUGGAUAUUCAUAUAAAUGUAUAUCCCGAAUAUCAACAACAACAGCAAGUCCAAGAAGUUCAAAUUCAACCACAACAGCAAAUAAACCAAGCGAUUCAAAUCCAGCCACAACAACAACUAAGCCAGUCAGGUCAAAUGCAGCAACAAGUAAUAACUGAAGGGCAGAUUCAGCCUAAUCAAGGACUACAGCAAUUAGUACAGCAAUCUGCGAGCCAACCUCAACAGCAAACUUAUGAAAUACUACAGAGACCCGGACAAACGGAGAACGGCUAUUCUGGGAAUGUGGUGGAAUCACAAUGUCAGAACAAUUGUAUUACUACAUGCCAGCAGUCUUGUGCUCUGAACCAAACCCCGCAAUCUGCUUGCGCAUCAAUGUGCCAAGCAGAGUGUCAGCGAGCUUGCGCGGAACCAGUCACUAUUUCACCUUCACCAUCUCAGUACCCAAGUAAUAUACCAACCGCAAGUGGUACUCCCUCCACGAGUCAGCUGCAAACACAAGGGGGGCAACCGCUUAUAUGCGUCACAGUUUGUAUGCCCUUAUGUUCAGCAGAAUGUGUUCAGCAGCAGCUACAACAGCAACAACAGAAUCAGCAAGUGGUAUCUCAGGGCCAACAAGUGGCUCAAAACGUUGAUCAAUCAGCGGCUCAAAUGGCUCAACUAACGCCUGUACAGCCAUCGACGGGAACAAGCUACAUUCCAGCUAAUGCUGAAUGCUUAGCUUCCUGCACUAAUGCUUGUCAGGUGCAGUGUGAGGCUCAGAACCAACCGGCCUCUGUCUGUCAGCCAGCUUGCCAACAGCAAUGCAUGAAGGUUUGUAGGAAAAAGGCACGUCGUCCAAAAAAGAAGAACCCAGAUAAGGCAGUUGUGGCGGAGACAAAAACUUCAAGCUAG